ACAUUCCCGAGUCAACGAUAUGUGCUGAGGGCGACAAUAAUGGGUGGGCUACUAGAGCAAAAGCGAGGGUGAAGCCUGCUCGGUCGCCCAUGGCUGUCUGCAGGGUCAGAAGGGGUGAAUUGGGUUACUUCCGAAUGACCGAGCUAGACAACUGUAAACCCGGCGAGCGCGGUCAUGCAGGGUUCGCCUCAACGUGCGCCCAACCCUUAAAACACUCACGUCUCACUCACCCACGCUCUCUCUCUCUCUCGCGUACAAGUUCACACUCUCUCUCCCAGACAUACACUCUCUACUACACACCAGUUCAACUCUACCGACCGCCCACGCUGCUCUACUCUCCCCCCGCCCUCCACCACCACGGCGACUCAAGGCUUAAACCGGAAUUUCGGAACGAGCAGGCAAAAUGGCGGAAGCAGCGCAGCGCGUGCUUAUGAAUGAGUUCAAGCAGCUGAGCAAAGAGAAAUGGACCAACAUCGAGCUCGUCAACGAUAACGUAUUCGAGUGGAGCGUCGCGCUCAUCGUCCUGAAUGAGGAAUCCAUGUACUACGGCGGUUAUUUCAAAGCGAGGAUGACCUUCCCUCGCAACUAUCCCCAUAGUCCACCAGUCAAGGGUGUAUGGUCUAAUACCAUGACAGACUUCAAGUUCAUCCGCCCACUAUACCACCCCAACAUCUACCCAGACGGCCGCCUAUGCAUCUCCAUCCUGCACCCGCCGGGCGAUGACGAAAUGUCCGGCGAGACAGCUGCGGAACGCUGGUCCCCCGUACAGCGCGUUGAGACGGUCCUGAUUUCUAUCCUCUCCCUGCUCGACGACGCCGAAGUGUCGUCUCCUGCCAACGUCGAUGCGAGCGUCAUGCUGCGUAACGAGCGCUUAGAGUAUAUGGAGAUAGUGAAGAAGGAUCUAGAGUUCUCAAAGGCGGAUAUCCCUGCUGGCUUCGUCAUGCCCACACACGAGACGGCGUGGCGGAAGAAGAAGGAAGAUGACGGCGACUUUGACAUGAGCUGGGAAGAUAGUGAUGUCGAGAGCUUUGGGGGUAGCGAGAGCGAUCUUGAUGAUGAGGAUAUGGAUUCGGACUCUGAGGGUGUCGAUGAUGACGCAGAAGACGAGGAUGAGGACGACAAGUGAGCGCUACUACUCAUUCUGUGCACAACCACACACUACCUAGGCAGUGGUGGUGGUGCGCAUGACCCGCUCCCCCUUCCUGUCUGUUCAUUAGCGAAUUCCCCUCGGUUCUUUCAUAUCUUCAUCAUCAGCGAGGCGUUUGGUUCAGGCCGUGUGGUCAUGAUUACGACGGCGGCAUUAGCAUGGGUUCGGAGUUCAUUAUGGGAUCAUCAUCAUCAUCACGUUUCAAUCAUCACUCUACCCACUUCGCACGUCUUGGCG